UGGGGGACAGGAAGAUGGCGAACGUGCAGCUGGAGUUCCAGGCCAGCGCCGGCGAGGCGGACCCGCAGAGCCGCCCGCUGCUCGUCCUGGGCCAGCUCCACAACCUCCACCGCCUGCCCUGGGCCCAGCUGCGGGGCAAGCUGCAGCCGCGGGUCACCGAGGAGAUAUGGCAAUCCGCUUUAAGCACUCUGAAUCCAAACCCCACCGACAGCUGCCCUCUCUACCUGAAUUACGCCACUGUGGCCGCAUUGCCUUCCAGGGUCAGCCGGCACAAUAGUCCAUCUGCAGCUCAGUUCAUCACCCGCCUGGUUAGAAAUUGCCUUCCAGGAGGUGUCAACAGAUGUAUUGUUAUGGUCUGUGAGCGGUCUGAAGUCUUCGCUUCUGCUUGUGCGUUGGCCAGGGCUUUCCCAUUAUUCACACAUCGGUCCAGUGCAUCAAGACGCACAGAGAAGAAAACUGUAACGGUAGAGUUUUUCCUGGUUGGACAAAACAAUGGACCAAUAGAAGUGGCAACACUUAAAUGUCUGGCAAGUGCUACAGAAGGAGUCAGGCUGGCUGCUCGAAUUGUGGACACCCCAUGCAAUGAGAUGAACACAGAUAACUUCCUGGAGGAAAUCAAAAAAGUUGGCAAGGAUCUUGGGAUUACUCCUACCAUUAUUCGAGAUGAGGAGCUGAAAGAGAAAGGCUUUGGAGGUAUCUACGGAGUUGGCAAGGCAGCUCUGCAUCCUCCAGCCCUAGCAGUUCUCAGUCACACUCCAGAUGGUGCUACACAGACCAUUGCAUGGGUGGGCAAGGGUAUUGUGUAUGACACUGGAGGACUCAGCAUUAAGGGAAAGACUACUAUGCCUGGAAUGAAACGAGACUGUGGUGGAGCAGCUGCUAUUUUGGGUGCCUUCAAAGCCACUGUAAAGCAAGGUUUUAAAGACAAUCUUCAUGCUGUUUUUUGUUUGGCCGAGAAUGCAGUCGGACCACGUGCAACAAGACCUGAUGACAUUCAUGUUCUUUACUCUGGAAAAACUGUGGAAAUCAAUAACACUGAUGCAGAAGGUAGACUGAUACUGGCUGAUGGAGUAGCUUACGCAUGCAAAGAUCUUGGAGCUGAUAUCAUUCUUGAUAUGGCCACUCUUACUGGAGCUCAGGGAAUUGCUACAGGAAAGUAUCAUGCUGCUGUCCUUACCAAUAACGAAGAGUGGGAAAAGGCUUGUGUUAAAGCUGGCAGGAACUGCGGAGACUUGGUCCAUCCUCUUGUGUAUUGCCCUGAGCUCCACUUCAGUGAAUUUACCUCUGCUGUAGCUGAUAUGAAGAACUCUGUGGCAGACCGAGACAAUACUCCAAGCUCCUGUGCUGGGCUCUUCAUUGCUUCUCACAUUGGCUUUGACUGGCCUGGAGUCUGGGUCCAUAUAGAUAUUGCUGCACCUGUUCAUGCGGGUGAACGAGCUACUGGCUACGGUGUGGCUUUGUUGCUGUCCCUGUUUGGACGGGCAUCUGAAGACCCUUUGCUAAACAUGGUGUCCCCUCUUGGGUGCAAUGGAGACUCUCCCACUGAAGAUAUGGAGAGGGAUUCCAAAAGGCGGCGACUGGUUUAAUGCGCCCCCAGCCCUAAGUGACGGGGUUGCAUGGGUUACCUCACUUUGCACUGAUUCAUUCUCAAGCAAUGAAAAUGUCACACAUUAGAAAUUGCCAUUUUUUUUACUAUCAUGAGAAGAUUUAUUACUUGUUUCUGAUAAAAACAACCCGAUUUCUUGGUUUUUUUAAAUUAUUGGUGCACACAGUUGCUGAACAAUAUCAGUGGUGCAGAGUCCAGGCUCAACUAACUGUAUCAGGAAGAGGGUACAUCCUCCUGUGAGCUCCUCACAAAACCUAACUAAGUGCAUUAAUGCAUGAGAAGCUCUCUCUAGUCUGAAGAAGCAACUGCAGCUAUUGCUUACAAAGCCUUCUGAAUUACUUGCUAUAUGUGAGGUUUUAUCAAACAUUUCUGCAGGCCCCACUACAUCUCAGAACACAGGACAAGGGAAAAAACCUCUGUAGAUUUGGCUUACUCAGUGACAAUUUAGCUUAGCAGCAAAGGAGAUGUAAUGAGAAAAGGCCUAUAGUUUUAAUAAGGUGCUGUUUCCGCAUGUUUAAUGUUUUUCUGACCAGUAAAAUCAGCAAGAGUGGUCCAGAACAUAUCUCUACAUAAAUCUUUCACAUACAAAUUACAGAAUGUAUUCAUGUUAAAUGAGGAAAAAAAUAGAAGGACUGUGAUUGAGUAAAAUCGGUUUACAAAGCAGAGUGGCUUCUUGCCACUUAAUAAAUUUAUUAUUAUUAAAGCAGCUUACGUAUCCCAUGUGGCAUUUCAUGGUGUUAUUUACAUUUCUGAGAACACAGAGUGCUCCAAAAGUUUGCGUGUGACAUCAUUACUCUGUUCAGAUUCCUUUUCCCAGCACUCGUACAUCUGAAAACAGACCUAAUAGAGUAAUAGCUUAUACUGAAUGGUUUGGGGCAGUUCUGAAGAGCUUGCACUGAUUCACUUCAUUUGUUUGAUUCAACAGUAAUCAGGGAUGCAUAGUGUUAGUUUCUAUAUAAGCCAGUCACAAGGAGCUUACAAGCACUGGUCUGGCUUGGACAGCCACGGGAAAUGACUUGCCCCAAUUUAUGUAAUGUCAGCGGCAGAGUUGGGAACAGAGUGACCAAGUUUUAAUCAGCGCUGGUCCCUGCCCAGUGGUUCAGUCGUCAGCCUUUGGAAACAUUUCUUGGCUCAACCACAGUGUUGAUGGUGAAAAAUCCCGCCCAGCACACACUUUUGGCUGCUUUGCCGAUAAAGUCAAGCUGAGUUGUGAUGAAUUACACCUUUCCCUGUGUUGGAGGUGAUCUCUGGAGAGAACUGGUGCUAGGUUUUAGAUGGAGUUCCAAUGAUGAGGUACACAUCUGGUUUAGGCAUGAGUCUUUGAUUAAAGACUUCAUGGAAAGCUUAACGCAGAAGGGAGAAGCAGCAACAUUUUUCAUUCUGGUUUUGUGACUAUAUUUGAUUCUUAGGCAGAAUGUAACUUUUUUUUAAACAAACAAAAAAAAAAAAGCCAGAACUUCAUUACUUCCUAUAUUUUCUUCUCCCUUGCUCUUCUGGUUCCCUGGUCCACUUGAUCAUAGUUCUAAGAGAUCUAUAUAUAAAUGAGUUCUGCCUUUGGUCAUUCUAGACACUCAGUAUAAAGCACUGUCUGGUACCAAAAACUGUUGUGGGAAAUGUGUUGAUGAAGAGUUAUUUUCAUUACUGACUCGGUCUGACCGCUGAAGCUAAUGGCAAAGUGUUCUAAUUUCAGUGCUCUGAAAUCAAGUCUUCAAUCUCCAGCCUGUAGAAACACUCUUCAAAUUAAUCAAUUCUAAUUUUGGAAUUUAGCGUUUUGCCCAAAUGAGGCAGAUUUUUACAUAAAAGGUAGCCUGCGGUUUUGUGGCCUAAGACUAAAUUCUAAUGUUAUUCACUGAAUGCAGCAAGCCCAAAUAAAGGAGAAAUUAGAUUUUGAUGACUGAUUAUCAUAUUCUUCAGUUUUGCUAUGUCUCAAAGCAUAUCAUACUGUUGGAUUUAAUUUGGAAUGCACUUAAUAGAAGCCAUCUUUAAAAAGAAAUACCUAAUAUUAAGGAAAUCUAAUAUGAAAUACCUGAAAAGCAAACAGCAUAAAUAUUUAGGAAAUCAGAAACUGAAAACGAGCUUAAAUUUGCUUAAGCAGAGUAAAAUAAAUCAAUCCAACACCUAAUAGUAAAAAGGUCUGGUGCUUCCUCUAUUUCAGAGAUACAAAAUAAAAAGGCUUUUUUUUUUUCAAUUCCAUAAUAAAAUCUCUUGCUAUUCCCAA